AUGGGCCAAUUUCAUUCCACGAGCCAGGCAAAUCCCGGUGCUUUGGAACAAUCAGAUCAGAAGACCGACUAUUAUGAGCUGCUUGGUGUAACACGCGAUGCAACAGAUGAGGAAAUCAAAAAAGCAUACCGAAAAAAAGCUCUUGUGUUGCACCCAGAUCGAAAUUAUGGGAAUGUUGAUGAGGCUACCAAGCUGUUCGCCGAAAUCCAAUCUGCCUACGAAGUACUGGCAGAUCCCCAGGAACGAGCAUGGUACGACUCCCAUAGCGAUGCAUUUUUAGGGACCAACGGAAAUACCGAUGAUCAACACUCGUACAAUGUUCGAAUCACAACAGCUGAGGAUGUCCUCAAACUCUUCUCGAGGUUCAGUCCUCGAAUGGAAUUCUCCGACUCCGCAACUGGAUUCUUUGGUGGUUUGCGAGAGCAAUUCGAACAACUCGCGCUGGAAGAAAGGUUGGCCUGUCAGUGGGAGAAUCAAGACCCUAUUGAAUAUCCUUCAUUCGGAUCUGGUAGUGAUGAUUUUGAGAACGUUGUACGGCCCUUCUAUGCUGCAUGGACCGGGUUCUCUACCCAAAAGUCCUUCGCAUGGAAAGAUGCCCAUCGUUAUUCUGAAGCGCCUGACCGCCGGGUGCGACGAAUGAUGGAAAAGGAAAACAGACGUCUUCGGGAGGAAGGUAUCCGAGAAUUCAACGAUGCUGUCAGGUCCCUUGUGGCUUUUGUCAAAAAACGUGACCCACGGUAUAAAGUUAACGCCCAGAGUGAAGCUCAACGCCAGGAAACCCUCCGCCAGUCUGUGGCUGCACAAGCUGCAAGAUCACGAGCUGUGAAUCAAGCCAGGAUGCGGGAUCAUGUCCUCCCCGAGUGGGCCCAGUCAGAGCAACCAGUGGCAAAUGACGACCAGGAGAGGAACGAAGAGAGCGAAGUCGAGAGCUUUGAAUGUGUGGUAUGCCACAAAUAUUUCAAAAGCCAGAAGCAAUUCGAGGCACACGAGCGUAGCAAGAAGCAUUUGAAGGCAGUCAAACAGCUAUGCUGGGAAAUGCGAAUGCAGAACGACGAAUUGGAUUUGGAGUCCGCAGAUGGCUCGAGUCCCAAUGCAGCUACAACCAAACCUCUUGAGGCUGAUGACGGGAAAGAUGAGGUUUUUGCUGUCUCACAGGUUGAUCUGGGAUUAGAUGCCGCCUUGAAGAGCCAAGAUAUCAAUGUUGAGGAUCAAGGAAGUUUGCAUGGUCUUGAGGAACUAACUCGAGCCGAGCCGAACUCCCCAAUGUCUUCGCACGAUGACGAUUAUGCCUGCAGAGAAUAUGUUGAAACAAGGCUCCGCAUCGAUAUGGAUCCUUUGUCCACAGGUGCCCGAGACUCCUCUAGUAUACCUGAUCAUCUACCAUCUUCGGACCUCACCGAGCAGUCACCAUCUCUCAAAAUGGGCAAAGCCAAGCAAAAACGGGCGAAAAAGGCCGCGAGGCAAGCGGAUCAACCUACAGGGUUUAUUUGUGCAAAUUGCCAGGCUCCCUUCACAUCCAAGUCUAAAUUAUUCGAUCAUAUUAGAGAUCUCGACCACGCACAACCCUUGACGAGGUCUGUCGCUAGGAAGGGAAAGAAACACUAG